UGCGCGCGCUAGCUAUGUGCAUAAUAUAGCUCUAGAUAGCGUUAACGCGCGCAUUAUUAAAGUUAUUCGUUAAAUCUGCCGUCAAAGCUGGCGGAGGUUAUUCUUGUCGUCAAGAGAGAGUAACAAUCAUGGCAGAAACUGGAGGAUUUCCCGACACCCAUACAACAUCGACCUACUCGACUACGACAACUCAGCAGACGGCGUCACCAGGAGUCUCGUGUACGAUCGACAAAGGAUAUGCCACAUCACUGCCUGGUAUCAUUAGGAUAGUAGAGAUUAUUAUUGGAUUCCUGUACUGGACAGUGGUGGCCAGCUUCUCGUACUAUGGCUAUAUAUUUGCUGGUUAUAGCUGGGUAAUCUUUGUCGCUGUGAGCGCAUGGGUCGUCACGCUCAUACUCUAUAUUCUUUUCCUCUUAGCGCUGACCAAACGGGUGACCAUUAUCAACUGGGUGCUAACGGAGCUGAUCAACAAUGCUGCAGAUUGCUUGCUACAUUUCAUAGCUGCAAUAAUCAUCAGUGUACGUGCUGGCCAAUUUACCGGGGCUUCUCAGCAUGGCAAGCUUGUAUGGGGAUGUCUGUGCGGAUGGACCCUCGUUGUCCUCUAUGGCAUCAGUACAUUCUUCAACGUUCGUGAAUUCCAAGCCAUGGGCGGAGUCAGCACCUUGCGCUUCCCUGGCCAGGCCACCACGACUACCACCACAACUACAACCACCACACACCAGGUUGAGCAGCCCCCUGACUCCGUGGACGAGAAGGGCCAGAACCCCCCACCCUACCCCGGGGGCCCGUUCUCCUAAAUCCACCGUCCGUACUCGUCCGUCGUCAGUGGGUUGCCAAACCGGCCGUGGAGGGCCGAAAGAGAUCGCUUCUUGGAGGGGGGGGGUAACUUUUUUUUAAAGUUAAGAGAUUAAUACAUUUUUCUCAUAUUUUCUGUGGCUAGACUUUCAGUGUGGAGACACAUGUUUGCAGCUGUUCAGUGCAUAGUGAUUCAGACUUCAAUGUACUAUUUGCUAUCAUCUGUUCAGAGCCAGAAUAGGCAUUAACUCUGUGUUUAAAAUCCAUGAGAUAAUGCCCUUCUUGCUCUAAACAGACAAUAUCUGAUAUUUUCAAGUGAGUAGAAAAUUUACAAUAGAUUGUGCACCAAAAUGUAUCUUUAAAAAAAAGCUCUAUCAAAAUAAAAAUCAUCUACUGUGUUGAAAGAGAAAUUGUGACUUCUUUGCUUUUCAUUGUUCUGUAAAUGUCACAAUUCUUUACCAAUAUUUUUGUUUUGUUUUUUGUAAAUACAUACAAACAUACACACUUCGGGGAUAUCUUGCUGCCUGUUUUACUUUAGAUUGAUAUUGUGUUAUUGCCCCAAAAUGUUAGAUAGUACCUUUUGGAGAGUUGUGGCAAACGGGUUUGAAAUUGACA